CAUUUUCAGGCAUACCGUAAAUUAGCAAAAGAGUACCACCCCGAUAAAAACCCUAAUGCAGGUGACAAGUUUAAGGAGAUCAGUUUUGCAUACGAGGUACUGACUAACCCGGAGAAGAAGGACUUGUAUGACCGGUAUGGGGAACAGGGCUUGCGUGAGGGUGGUGGUGGAGGAGCCGGAAUGGAGGACAUCUUCUCUCACAUCUUUGGCGGAGGUCUGUUCGGCUUUAUGGGCAGCCAGAGCAGCAGGAGCCGGAAUGGUGGCCGACGGAGAGGGGAGGACAUGAUACAUCCACUGAAGUGAGUAAAUA